AUGGCGCCGCUAUCACAGGAAUCCAAGAAUGCGAUUGAACGUCUGAGGAGGUACACUCCGCCCCCAACGAACUACUACUCUAUGCCAUUUACAAGACAGGCUUCAGUAUUAUUACUUCUCUUCGCUGAUCGGAGGGGGGAUCUUCGAGUCAUCUUGACCAUACGUGCCAGCACGCUGAAAUCAUAUCCUGGCCAAGCAGCUUUGCCUGGUGGAAAGGCGGAAGGGCCAAGCGAGACCCCCUUCCAAACAGCUCGGCGUGAAGCGUACGAGGAGAUUGGUCUACCAAACAUAGACCAGCAGAUGCCGUCGCCUUUCUGGGUUGAGCAUCUGUGUGAAUUGCCGGCCAGCCUGGCCCGAACAGAACUUGCUGUUCGGCCGUGUAUUGCGCUCUUGCACUCCUACAACGAAAAGACGGGAGAGGACGCCGAUCCUGAAGAAGCAUUUAUACCCCAACUAGACGCCAAAGAAGUUGCGGCUGUCUUCACUGCCCCGUUCCAUAAUUUCUUGAAAGUGGCCGAUGAGCCCCGGGGAGAGGGAGACGAUGUCCUACCCGGGAAACCAAGUGAUUGGUAUGAAGGAUCAUGGACACUAUGGAAUUCAACCCAGUGGAGAAUGCAUCAUUUCUUCGUUGCCAUAACGAAUCAGAAAGUAGCUACACCCAAGAAGCAUAGCAAAGAGCAAGAUGAUGCCAUCAACCAGUUAGAGGAGGAGACGUCCUCGUUGGGGCUUGAGCGCUUUCGAGUGUUCGGCAUGACGGCCCGCAUUCUUGUUGAUGCCGCUAGAGUUGCAUACGACGAAGAGCCGGAGUUUGAACACAAUAGCCACCUUGGAGAUGAGGAUAUGAUAUCCAGAUUAAAGAUGCUUGGGCGAUUUAGCGAAGUCAUCAAUCGCGAAGAUACCCUGACCCCGGAAAUAUUUGAAAAAGCAGCAAAGCUGACAUGA